AUGAUAAUCGAUUCUGGUUGUUCAAGGACUUUGGUGCAUGAAAACCUUGUUAGAAAAAAUAGUUUUACUGGUGAAAAUAUUACCGUUAUCACUGCAAAUGGUGAUAGAGUCGAAGUCCCUUUAGCAUGGGUAACCAUAAGUAGUGAACAAGGGAUACAUCGAGAAUUAGUGGGGGUUAUGAGAAAUCUCCCCGUAGAUUGUUUACUUGGGCGUUCGUCCUAUGGCAAGUCUUUAGCCAAGAAAAAUUUUCUUGAUCAUUGGGAGCAAGCUGUCGACUUAAAUAUAGAACCGACAGUGGUGUAUAGUGACAAGAAUAAGUACGCUUUAGUUGUUACUCGAAGACAAGCAGCGCUUGUGAAAGCUCAAACUAGAUUGGAUAAGUUGACAGAUAAACAAAAUGAAUUAGCUAUUAAGACUCUAAGCCCUAAGGAACCCACAAAAGAUGAAUUAUCUGAGACUAUCGAAUUAAAUAAUUUAUUUGGUGAAGAUAAUAAUGUUAUCACGCAACCUGAUCCCGAGAAAGUAUGCGUAAAAGAACCGGUUGCAGAUAUAGACUCCUCUGAAAAUGGCUGUCAAUUAGAAACAAAUAUUUUAUAG